UCGAUAAAUAGAGAAAAGCUGUAUGCCUUUUUGCUGCGAAUGAAAGAUGCAAGCGGUGGCUUCAGGAUGCACGAUGGUGGAGAAGUAGAUGUCCGCGCUUGCUACACUGCAAUAUCUGUGGCCAGUGUUCUUAACAUUUUGGAUGAUAGGCUGAUACAAAAUGUAGGAGAUUACAUCGUAAGUUGCCAGACUUAUGAAGGUGGUAUUGCUGGUGAACCUGGCUCAGAAGCUCAUGGUGGGUACGCAUUUUGUGGUUUGGCUGCAAUGGUUUUGAUCAAUGAGGCCGAUCGUUUGGACUUGCCUGGAUUGCUUGUUUGUGGUGGAUUAAAUGAGCCGUACGUUGAGCUGAAGAGGCUUGUGAAUUCACAAGAAAAGUUGUACCAUAUGGCUAGUUAGUUGCAUAUUUAAUAUGUUUAGUAUUUUUGUAAGGCAUAAUAGUAUAGAUAGAGCAGUUGUUGAAUUUUGACUAUAUUCAAAUCUUGUAUGAAUUCUUUUUUAUGAUAAUAAUAUAAAAUUAAAUAUUUUGGAUGAUAUAUAA